AAAUUCCCUGCGCUGUGCCGGAUGGGCCUUGGAGGUCAUCACCAAAAUUUUGGGAUCCAUCCCAUCUUCUGGGGCAGCCGUUUGUUGAUCACCGGACUCGGCCGGAGCACAGUGUUGUUGCAUUCCUGUCUUGUACUGCUUUCUUCACCACCACCCACCACUUGCCAAUCCAGUCUGCAGCCAAAAUGUAUCGCUCCGCGCGCUGCGCCUUGCGCGCAAUUCGGCCAGCGCCGACGACCACAUCCAGCUUAGUAACCGCUCCCACCCGCCGGUUCGCCUCGACAUCGGCCUCCACCAAGAAGACUGGCACAUGGAAGGGAACAGUGGUACGAUGGGGUCUUGCCGGUGCUGCGCUAUACUACUACAACACCAGCCCAAUCUUUGCUGAUCAAGUCCCUCAACCGCAAACCGCCCCCGCCGAGUUCUCCGAGGCCGAUCUCCCCACCAUCGACGCCCUCAUCGAGGAGAAGCGUCGCCAUGCCCCUCCCCCACCCCCACCACAAGCUACCAAGGCCGCGGUAGCAGCCGAGAUUGAGCAGGUCGCCAACGAGGAGGAGUCUAAGCCAACAACCGAGUCCCCAGUGACGGCUGCCACAGAACUUGAGCCCGGCUCGCCCGAGGCCCUCGAGCAAGAAGCCUCCCAGCAGGGUGCUUUCAACCCCGAGACCGGAGAGAUCAACUGGGACUGUCCCUGCCUGGGCGGCAUGGCCCACGGUCCCUGCGGUGAGGAGUUCAAGGCGGCCUUCAGCUGCUUCGUCUACAGCAAAGAGGAGCCCAAGGGCAUUGAGUGCAUUGAUAAGUUCCAGGGCAUGCAAACUUGCUUUAGACAGUACCCCGAGAUCUAUGGAUCCGAGCUAAACGACGACGACGAUGACGAGACUGUUGUGGCCCCCGAGGGCAUCGAGGUCGCGACCAAGGCUCCCGAGUCUGACGCGAAGUCGGCUGAGCAAGCUGAGAAAGAUCGGGAGGUCCAGAAGCUGGUCGGGGAUAUCCAGGCCAAGAAGAAGAAGGAAGCCGGGGAGGAGAAGAAGGAGCAGGCCGAGAAGAAGGUUGAACAAAAGGUCGAGGAGAAGAAGGUUGAGCAAAAGGUCGAGGAGAAGAAGGUUGAAAACCAGAACGCGGUGCCAUCACCUGUGCCCAAGGAGGCGGUGGAUGCUACCGAUGCCAACAACAAGCAAUAG